AUGACCACACCACGAUUAAAAGAAGAUUGGAAGAAUCCAUACAAGGGUUCCACCACACGUGAAACUGUGGCUGAGAUGAAUCAUCGUCGUGUACAAGCCAUUAAAGCCGAAAACGCAUAUAUGCGAGAACGUGCCACUAUUCGUUUGCGGAACUCAACGCCUAUUAGUGCUACUCGCGGUACGAUAUCACUUCAACGACAGGAACCUCCUUCAGGAGCCGCGUCUGUGAAUCUCGCUACUACUACUAGUGCGUCGACGAUAAGAGGAGUUGGGGAUACAGGAAAGAAAUCAUCUCUGUUAACGCGUCCAUCUACACCAGGUCGUUCAUCUACACGAUUUAAUACAUCCAAAAAAUCUCCACGAGUAUCUACAACUACUCGAACGGGUAAUAUGGCGAUGGCAGGCAAUUCAUCAUCAUCUGUUGUUGCUGCUGCUGCUGGGGCUCCAACGACUCCAAUAACACCUACGGUUCUACCAACUGUACCACCAUUGCAGUUGAGUCCUUCUGUUGGGAGUGCUUCCGUGAAUAUUGAUCCACGAAUUCAAGUGAAGAGUGAAAUGAGUCGACAUAAUGUACCCUUCACACUUACUGGUCCAUAUGCAUGUGUUGCACUUGUAAAGGCCAGUGCAUCUAUAUGGGCAGCGAAUUCCGAAUUGGGUACCAUUGAUAUAUUUAGUAGUGUUUCUGGUGAGUUAUCUGUGCAAAUCCCUGCACGGGUGUCGAAAAAGAAAGAGACGAUCAAACCAUUAGCACUAUUAUCUACACCACAUCAUGUUUGGGUGGGUUUUAGUGAUGGUGCUGUAGUGGUAUAUGAUCAUCUCUGUGUUACGCAAGUAACGAUGGGUCAUUUUCACGCCUCUCCUGUUGUGGCUUUCUGUUCGAUGAUGGAUGGAACGACGGUGAGUGGAUCACUGGAUAUGGCACUAGUUCGCUGGGAUAAGGAAGAAAAAAAUUUUGAAGCCAUUACACGUAUUGUUGGGGUUUCUGAAACUCAUCAGGCACUUACAUGCAUGACAGCUUUUGGAGCGAAUAUUGUUUUGUGUGGUUCUAUGGCUGGUAGUAUUCUUGCUGUGGAUUGUACCUCUGGUUUACAAGUAGCCACUUUACGUGGUCAUAACAGUCGUGUAAAUGCCAUGGUGGUGAUGGAAGAUCUUCUUUUUUCUGCUGCUGAAGAUGGUUAUGUAAAUGUAUGGAAUAUGCGUUGUGAUGAACAAUCUUCAGGACUUGCAUUUCAGCGUAGUUGUCGAUUAUUGAAGUGUGUUCCUGUUCAAGUGGCUGUACGGGAUAUGGUACCACAUGAGGGAUCUCGUAGUUUAUGGGUAUCUUAUGUAGAUGGAGUCGUAGAAAGAUGGAGUGCAAAUCCUGAUGAUGACUUUGGAGUAGAACAAGUAGCCCGUGAGGCUUUUAUUGAUGCCAAUGGAUCUUAUCAACCUUAUGAGGUUGUAUCUUUACAUUGUAUAGGAACUGUAGAGGCGAUGCGUGUAUUGGCAUUGGGAAGUAAUGGAAUUAGCAAAGUAUGGUGUGGACACCGAAAUGUAUUGGAGGAAUCUCUACAGAAAUCUAUUAAGGAUAUAAAUGCUGUUAUUUCCCAAGACUCCGCAGAGGCGAAAGAAUGGGAACAAAAGGCAUUGGCAUUAAAACAGAAGGAAGUGGAACGUAAAGGAAAGUAUAGUACUUUACUCUCUCGUUUACAUGUACGUCGAUUGCUUUUUAGUUAUUACUCUAGAUGGCGAAUGCGUGUUUGUUCCCAUCGUCUACGAGGGCGACAACAGGAAGAAAUAUGUUUAAAUUUAGAAGAACGAUAUCAAUUUCGACUAAUGCGACGUUACUUUACAACAUGGUGUUCUUUUUAUGAUAAGGAACAAAGUCGUAUUAGAAAACAAUUGAUUGCCCUCGCAUUAGAACGGGUAACUAAUCAAAUGUGGAUUGCAGAAUUAAUUUCUCGCUGGAGAGAUAGUAUUUCCCGUCGCAAGUUACAUCGACAACAAGAAGAAGUAAUGAAAACAUUAGAAAGAGUCUCUAAUGGUGUUAUUUUGGCAAAAUAUUUUGCCUGUUGGAAAUGCCAAAGAAGUAUUCAACGGGGUAAAUUACCAGCUGAUAAAUUGGCACUCGUCGCAGCAAAGUCUAGACAACGGGUAUUGCGACAGGCCUAUGAUAGUUGGUAUGCAUCCAAUACUCAAUGUAAACCAAAUUCAAAUAUUACUACUACUCCUGCUACUACUACUACUAUUAUGAGUAGUAAUGAUAAUAAUACUACAAGUAAAUCUCUUGUAAACAACAGGGUAUCAAAAACAACAUACAUUGGACGAUUUGCAGGAGCUUAUGUAAAAGUAACAGAAGAACGGGAACGUCGUCGUGUGUUUGGUCUUUGGCGUCGAUGGAAUGAACGUCGCCGAAUUAUGCUCUCACGCCGUGCUCUUGCGGCUGCGAAGGAAAAACAAUGUUAUCGUGAUAUAUUAUAUCGACGAUUUGUAACUUGGCAACUCUUCUGCCGCAAAAGAGCUCUAGACGCACUCUUACGGGAAGUACAAGAAGUAGAGGCACAACUUCGUCAUGCAGAAGAAACACAUUCCGAUAUAUUUGAUAAGUUACAACUACAAAAACGUUUAGAUCAUUUACGUAGACAAUAUGAACAGGAAAAACAGCGUCUUAAUGAAGAUGUUCAAAAGACGCAAAAACUCACUGAAAGCCGUGAUUCUCUUCGUCGCUCCUUAGAAGGUGUGUCUGGUGUGAGUGGUAGUCAUUUAGAUGAUGAGAGUCUUACAGCCUCUUCCAAUGCCUUAUUUACACCAAGUGUACUUCGGCAAUUACCAGUCGCAGAGGCAAUGGCUCUAGUCAUGACCCGAUUAAAAGGAAUUGUAUUGAAUAUAUAUACAGAUAUGCCACUCUUCCGACAAAUAAAGGAUCGAUUGCGGUGUGGCACCACCGCCGCUGUCGUCUUUCUUGAAGGUUUCCAAGAAGUUAAACGUUUGAUUGUUAAUAUAUCCAAACGUCCUGUUGGGGCAACAUGGCGUAGUGGAGAACGUUGGCCAGUAACAAAUGAGACAUUAGAGAAUCUUCCACUCCAUCCCUGUGCGGCCGUUGUUCAGGCCAUUAAGGCGAUGGUGGUGGCGUAUGAUAUGGUGGGAGCCUCUGAUAUUGAAAGUGUAACAGCGACAAGAGAGGAAAUUGUGGCGAAUGCAGAUCUACUCUUUUUACUUUGGCGUGUUUGCUACACCGCACGAAAACCGCCUCUUCCUGUUAACAAUAGAGUUAACGCACGGGCAUAA